AUGGGCAAGUGUAGCGAGCGUCAUACUACCAGGAAGUUGCACAGUCACCCACGUGAUCAGAAGUGGCAUGACAAACAAUACAAGAACUCCCACCUUGGUGCUGCUUUGAAAGCCAACCCUUUUGGGAGAGCUUCCAACGCCAAAGCAAUUGUCCUGGGAAAAGUUGGCAUGGAGGCUAAGCAGCCAAAUUCUGCCAUCAGGAAGAAUGUCCGAGUUCAGCUGACCAAGAAUGGCAAAACAGCAUUUGUUCCUAUUGAUGGUUUUUUGAACUUCAUUGAGGAGAACAAUGAAGUUCUGGUUGCUGGCUUUGGUUGGAAAGGUCAUACUGUUGGUGACAUUCCAGGAGUUCAUUUCAAGGCUGUCAAAGUAGCAAAUGUUUCUCUGUCAGUCUUGUACAAAGGCAAAAAAGAGAGACCCUGGUCGUAA